GCGUGACCUGAGGUUACAAUUUCAGGUGAGAGCAACUGAAGGGAAGCAAAGGUUUUGUGCUGUUUCAGUCUGUCAGGACUCUUGGAAACAACUUUACCUUUGGAAUAUUGCUGAACAGAAAGGUUUACCAAUAUGGUCACUAUGCGAAAGUGCCUUACAUGCUCAAGACUACAGUUGGCUGUGAUGUUUGUGCUAACAGUUUCUCUCAACACAGAUGUCAUAGAGGGUAUUCAGAUAACAUCCACAGGGCCUCAGACCAUUCAGAAAGCCCAGGGGGAGACAGUCACGCUGGGGUGCACCUUCACCUCUGACGCCUCUGACAUAGGAGAACUGGACAUUGAGUGGUUGAACGUCCGUCCAGACAUGACCCAGAAAGACCAGCUGAUCUUAUCUUAUUCAGGAGGCAAAAAAGUGCAUUAUGGGGACCCCAGGUUGUCUACCAGGAUGGACUUCACAAAAGACCCCCCACUGGGAGACGCAUCCGUCUCCAUCUCUGCACUGAAGGCCUCAGACACAGCCACCUACCAGUGCAAAGUCAAGAAAGUGCCGGGUGUCGACAUGCGAAAAGUCACUCUGGUAGUGAUGGUUCCACCAUCAAUGCCUAAGUGCUGGGUUGAAGGUGGCGAGGAGAAGGGGAGCGAUGUCACCCUCCGAUGCAAGUCCUCCGUGGGAUCCAUCCCCAUCAACUAUGUCUGGACCAGAGAGAGUGGAGGGGCCAUCCCGCCCACAGCAACACAAAACUCUCAGACUGGAGAGCUGAUGAUAAGAAAUCACUCAGAGAGCUACAUGGGAAACUAUCUUUGUGUGGUGUCGAAUCCUGUUGGCAAUGUGCAGUGUAAAUGCACCCUGCACGCAUACAACCCUACCAACAAGGCAGGGACCAUAGUGGGUGCUGUGAUUGGUGGCCUGCUACUGUUGCUCCUCCUCCUGCUUCUCAUCUGGCUUCUGGUCUGCUGCUGCCACAAGCGUCGCUAUGAGAAGGAGGUUGCCCAUGAAAUCAGGGAGGAUGCCCCAGCCCCAGAGAGUCGCCCCGCCAGCAGGAACUCCAGCUUCCGCUCGGUCCUAGGCUACCGCUCCCACCCAGGGGUGGUCUACAGCUCAGUAAGAAAGGGCCAGCCCAAGAGGACAGAAUCAGGCCACAGCAGCAUCUACACAGACAGGAGCAAAGGCACGCCCGCCCCCAGCAGGCAGCAGGCCCCUCUGUUGAAAUAUGACAGCAGUUAUGGCUACCCUGUGUAACAAUGAUUUGGGUUGGGAUAAGAAACCUCAUCGCAUUUUUUAAAUGUCAGUUUAGGACAUUUUACCAAACUUCAGUAUAAACAGCUAUCACAUGCAGGCAUAGACCGCCACAGUUGAGAUGUCAUAAUAUCCAUAAAACCUAGCAGUCAAACAGAGAAAUGGUUCUGAUUGUUUUCCUCCAUUUUUCCCAUAGGGGAUUUUAGAAACACUUAAAAUAAGGUCUGUGUAGGCUUACCCUGGCAUGACGUUUUGAUAAGCAUUUAAAUUUGUCUCGGACAAGGUGACUUUUAUCAAAAUAUUUGGCUCUAUUUUCUCUGUUUGAAAAUGCUAAUUUGCAUCAAAGUAGACAUCAUGCAAGACUACAAAUCAGUGCAAGCUCCUGACACCUUUGCUAACAGGUAAUGUGGCAAUUUUAAAACUUGCACAAGACAGUUCACAGAAUUGUCAGUAUAAAGGAAUUUAGCCAUUUUUUUCAAUUCUACAUUUAGCUAACAUGUAGAUAGUUAAUCGAGAGAUUCUUACCUUUGCCUCGAUUCGGCAGUUUUGUCCAGAUCAUCAUGGUAUUUGUAGUUCUUUAUGAUAGCCACAUACAGGCAAAUAUAUUGAUAAAAGUCACCUUGUCCAAGAGAUAUUUACACGGUUAUCAAAAUGUCACACCAGGGUAAGCCUACACGAAACACAGCUCUUAUUUUAUUUUAAGUGUUUCUAAAACGAUUGGAACCAUUUCCCUGUUUGACCGCUAGGUUUUAUGGGUAUUGAGAUUCAUACUGUGGUACUCUAUUAAAGGAUAUGUUUUAUGUAUAAUCUCAUUCCCAGCCAGAGCAUGUGAGGGAGUUGAGCGGUUGGAAAUCCAGACAGGGAGCCUAAGAAGGAACGAAAAUGAAUUAUUUAGGCUAAAUCAUUUCAAUUAUUUCAAGGCUAUAGUCUACAAAAAAAUACAUAGUGAAGCAUUUGCGAGUGCGACACAUUUGGCUGGUAGGGACAUAAAGAGCAACCUUUUGUUGUAUUAAAUCAUUGUAGUUUAUUAAUUGCGUAUAUAGGCUGUGACUUACUUAGAAUUAAAUACAAAAUACACCAAAAAAUGACCUAUUAGUGCCUUUGAAUUUUUUAAAAUACAAGUUUGGCCAGUCUGUGGCUUCAGGCUCAUGCAUGGUGCCUGGAGAGACGGCCAGCAGCAGAGAAUACCCUCCCCACACGUGCAGAGCCCCAGGGGAUGCUAAACACCCCUUUGCCCACUCUUGCUGGGCAACAGGUAGGCCUGAAUGUUUUUAGGCAAAAUAACUCAAUCAAAACAGAAAGCUGCUUGAAUGUGUGAAUAUGACAGGCCUAUUGAGCCAAAAUCAAUUAUGGCCUGUUGUAUAGAUAAUAGAACAAAAAUACACUUAAAGUUUAAGAGAUCAGAUUUUUUGUUUAGAAAUAAUUUGCUACAAUGACACAGUUAUCUACCCACCUCGUACCUUUCUUUUAGCAUGUGCAUGCAGUAAGUACACGAUCAUACUUUCAGAAUACGUGUCUUUUCAGAUUCCACAAAGAUUAUUUAGUUGUGUACACUAUAUCACCGCACUCCCUCUCUUGCUCUUGGUCAUCGUCUUGGUAAAUCACCUUUAUUAAGCACCUGUGUGUUUCAUCAGUUUCUUUUUGAAAAUAUUUAGCGAACUCCAUGAUAGUAGCUAUAGUUAGCAGCACACAAGUAGACUGUAAAUGCAUGCUGGGCCGGGCAUGCCCUGAGCUUGUGAAGUGAGUGGUACUGGCCUGAGCUCGUGAAGUGAGAGCGAAAUUGGAGCCUGAGAAAAGCCCUACGCUCCAGCCUUUGGGAAUCACGCUCCAGUCUAAUUGGGGAACGCUCUGCUCACAUACUCUGUUCCCAGCCACUUCCACCCGAAGCUUAGCCUGGGGACUAUUGGUGCAAUAGUGCAAUGGAUAAUAUUUUAGUCACGUGUAGAUAAAUUCAGGAUUUUGCAAAUGAGAAAAAAAGGUUAUAUUUAAAGUGUAUGUAUGCAGUGAGUGUCAGAUGUAUGUGAGUGUCAGAUGUAUGUGAGUGUCAGAUGUAUUUAAAAAAAAUCUAUGUAUGUUUUAAUUUGCCCAGGAGACAAGUAACUAAAAUGUUUGUCAUCCUUUCUAUAAUUUCCCAAUAAAGCACUUUUUUUUACUAA